AUGAAGCCUCAAGUUCCUUUCCUCGCCACGGCUGCUGUUGUCGCUGCGACGACCAACACCAGCCUGCCAGGAGCCAGCUUCUAUGUCGUUCCCAGCGCGUUUCCUACGACUGUCUACUCCUCCUACUAUGUCAGGCCAGGACCGACACAGGAGCCUCAGCCUGCCAUCUUUGAUCCUGUGCUGAACAUCACCUUUCCCCUGAACCUGACGGAUCCGUCUACCAUUCCCACCACAGAUCCGGACCUGGUUCUUUAUCCCGAGGCUGCAGCCAAUCUUACAGAUACCGCCGCCGAGACUGUCGUCUCCACAGCCAUUGCUCAGAUCAUGGACAUCAUCAACACGAACGACACUUCCCUGGCUGAUAGCUGCUCGAGAUGUGUUGCUGCCCUCGCAGUGGGCCAGAGGGUGGCCAAGCUGGCCCCGUCCUAUCUGCCGGAUGCCAUGGUCCAGCUCUGUCAGACCACAGGGUUCAGCACAACCUCGACAUGCCAGUCGACAUAUGAGGCCAGCGCCUUUGGAGCCGUGUGGACACAGGUCCUGGCCAAGGCUGAUGUUGAAGGUCUGGAUGGCCGGUACAUCUGCUCGUCGCUCAGCACCAGCUUCUGCAGUGCGCCGCCAGUCAUCCCUGCGGUGGCCACAUUUCCCAAGGAGAAGCCGGUUGACGUGAGCGUGCCUGCGAGGAGCGGGAAGACGGUGAAAAUCUUUCACCUCUCUGAUAUGCACCUGGAUCCUAGAUAUGAGUAUGGAACCGAGGCCAAUUGUACCAACAGUCCUUGCUGCAGACCUAGCACUCCUUCGACUAACGGAAGCGUGCCUACUGUCGAGCUCGCGGCUCCUCUGUAUGGAUAUUACAAAUGUGACUCACCGUACUACCUGGCGCUGGCUGCUGUCCAGUCCAUCGGGCCCUUGACAGGAACUUCUCUGGAUGAUCCGCCGGCGAUGACCUUCUACACGGGAGACAUAGUGACCCACGUCCCAUCUCAAGGACAGCUCUCCCACGCCUUUGUUGAAGAUGUCGAAGAUUCCGUGUUGCAAAUGUUUAAGGCCUACAUCGGCGGACCGAUCUUUGCUGCGCUCGGCAACCAUGACACUAGCCCGGAGAACAACGACGCGCCGCACGCCAUUGACAAUAAUGGGCCUCUCGGUCAACAGUUCUCUUGGAACUACGAGCACGUCUCGCAGCUCUGGGAACACUACGGCUGGAUCAACAGCUCGACCCAGGCCGAGGCGGCCUUGCACUAUGGCGCGUACGCCGUAACGCAUCCUCUCGGCGUGCGCAUCAUCACGAUCAACACCGACUUCUACUACAAGUCCAACUACUACGCCCUCCUGCACACUGUCGACCCGGACUACAGCGGGAUCUUCAGCUUUCUCAUCAACGAGCUCCAGAAGGCCGAGGACGCAGGCCAGCGCGCAUACGUCAUGGGCCACGUCCUGACGGGCUGGGAUGGGACCAACCCGAUGCCCAACGGCGCUGACUACUUCUACCAGAUCGUUGAGCGGUAUUCACCACACGUAAUCGCCGGUGUGUUCUUUGGCCACACCCACGAGGACCAGGCCUUUGUGUACUACAGCAACAACGGCACGAGCCAGACGGCCGAGCACGCCAUCGCCAACGCCUGGGUGGGCCCUUCGCUGACGCCGCUGACGAACCUGAACUCGGGCUACCGCAUGUACGAGGUGGACACAGGCAGCUUCGAGGUCAUGGAGGCGUACACCUUCUACAGCGAUGUGAGUAGUUUCUCCAGCCUGGACGGCUCUGGGCCUGUAUGGGAGUUUGAGUACUCGACCCGCGCCGUGUACGGACAGGCGGCAGGAUGGGACGCCGCGGACCCUCUGAACGCAACCUUCUGGCACCGGGUGACCGAAGCCAUGGAGGCCAACCGGACGCUGGUGGAACUGCAAAACAAGUUCCAGGGUAAGAGCAGCGUCAUGAGCCCCAACUGUACAAACCAGGCUUGCCAGGACGCAAGGGUAUGUUACAUGAGGAGUGGCAGCGUGGGAUUGGGAAAGCAAUGCCCUCAAGGAUUUGGCAGCGUGCAGAGCGCCUUCACUGGGGUGAACUAUUAAGUAAGGGGCAAGUAAGUAUGGAGAUGGAGAAAAGAGAGAGAGAGAGAACGAGGGACAGACUAGUGUAUUCAGGGGGUUUUACAUAACUUUUGUAGCCCUGAAGAGGGAAUUCCUCCCACAGUGUUCAACCACGUAUACAGCUGAUUUUAUUUUUAUUUUUUG